AGUGCAACCAUAAUUUCAUUGAAUCGGACAAAUUUUGUAAACAAUUCGAAGGCAAACUAAGUUCUGCAAUAUGGAAAAGGAGCAACAGCCCACAACAUCAACGCACAAUCAGUUGCUGGACUCGCCACGUGGUCCAACAUUGUCCACCAGUACAUCCAGCUUUGAGGCUUUGGAUGCACACGACCCGAAUUUGAGUAGAUUGGCCACGAUAAUGUUUCGCAAGACUGAGGAAUACAUUACUCAGGAGCUAAAUGGUCCACUCGAGGACUACAAACUGCUGGAGGAGAUGAAUAAGGCUACAAUUGCCAAGUACAAGGAUAUGAGCCAAAUAGCCGACAAUCUCAGUGUUUCGACAAAUGAGCUCAGCCUAAAAUUCCAGCAGUUGGCCCCGCUGAUGCAGCAAAUUGAUGAAAUAUCUGACACAGUGGACAAGCUGGAAGCGGCAGCCUACAAAUUGGAUGCGUAUAGCAUAGCACUGGAGAAUCGUGUCAAGUGCGUCUUAAAGCGCAAGUCGGGUGCGAACACGACGCAAUAAAAAUCGGCUAAGUCUAAGACAAAAAACAUUAUAGAGUAUAUUUAUUUCAAUAGUCUCUACAUUAUCCAAGUAAUAAUUUAAAUAUAAUCGCUAUUAUAUUAAGAAA